AUGCCCAUCAGCAUCGAAAUCAAAGAAGAAAACCAGCAGCUCAUUCAAAAGGUGUCGGAUCUGGUGAAGCUUUAUGACCGUGAGAGCAUUACUGUGUGGGCGUCUCUGAGCUCCAGCAUCAUUAAAAAGUGUCUGGAGACGAAUAACACGUUGCCGUUUAGUUUCUCGAUGAAGAGAGGAGUGGUGCUGCUGCUGCUCUUUUACAGCGGUCUUCUGCCCUUUGUGCCGAUUCAUGAGAGUUUACUGCAGUUCUACUUACCGCGCGUCAUGAACAGGACAUUUAUUCCUGAUCAACGCAUCUUGAGGAACAGACUUGUUGUCUGUCUGUUGGAAAUAGUGACCAUGAGGAAAAGUCUGUUCAAACAUCUAGCAGAUAGAGGGAUCCAGGUGCAUUUAUUUGUCUGCAACACAGAUGAGGACAUUACAGCUGCUCUGGAGCUCGGAGCCACUGGAGUGAUGACGGACUAUCCUUCUCUUCUGUCAAACUACUUCUACAAAGACCACCCCCAGAAGGGUGCGGGUCGGUCUUGA